GCGUUCCCAAACUGCCAAAGUCGAGCUUACUCACAGUCCCUCACAGGAAGUUGUAGAGAUUGAAAACGGGGCGAAGACGAAAACAGCGCUGGGACACCGUUUUAAAGGGUUUUUCGCUGCGGUUACCGUGACGAGGAGUCGACGCGCUUCUUGGGGACUCGCUGAGGAGCUGAGCGAGUGGGUGAUUAUGGACUAAAGCGGCGGAGGAGAGCAGCGAUGGAGGCGGUGAGAAGUUUUCGGUUGGUGUGGCUGCUGCUGGUCGGGGCCGCGGCGAGAGCAGCGGGGAGAGAAGUGUGUCUGGGGACGGAUAUGAAGCUGGCCUUGCCCUCCAGUCUGGAGAACCACUAUGAAAUGCUACGACUCCUCUACACCGGCUGCCAGGUCGUCCACGGCAACUUGGAAAUCACUCACUUACAAGGGACGCCGGACCUUUCCUUCCUGCAGGGUAUAGUGGAGGUUCAGGGCUAUGUACUGAUUGCCCGCGUCUCUGUGGCUGAGAUACCCCUGACGAACCUGCGCAUCAUCAGAGGCAGCCAGCUGUACAACUCCAGCUAUGCACUGGCUGUUCUGGAAAACACCGGCAUCAAGGAGCUCCAGCUCAGGAGCCUCACAGAGAUUUUGCUGGGUGGUGUAUAUAUUUUGGAGAACCCCCAGCUCUGUUACCCCAACCCACAGAAGAUCGACUGGACGGACAUUCUGGGCGAACAACAAAGAAAUGUCAAGUUAACACGCCUCCAGCCUGCAGUACCUUACUGUCAACCCUGUCCGGCGGCCUGUGGCUCCAGAGGAUGCUGGGGACGAACUGCAAACGACUGCCAAACACUGACCCACAUCCAGUGUACGUCCGGCUGUUCACGCUGUAAAGGUCCUCAGGCCAGCGACUGCUGUCAUGUCCAGUGCGCUGCAGGAUGUUCCGGACCCAAAGACUCGGACUGUCUGGCUUGUCGUCACUUUAACGACAGUGGGACGUGUAAAGAAAACUGCCCCCCACCCAGCAUCUAUGACUCCAUGGUCUUUCAGUCCAAACCCAAUCCCAACAAGAAGUUCAGCUUUGGAGCCACCUGCGUAAAACAGUGUCCACAUAACUAUCUGGCCAUGGAUGUGGCAUGUACGAUGGUCUGCCCCAAAGCAAACCAGGAAGUCAUCACCGUCCAACCGGAUGGACAGGAGACGCAGAAAUGUGAAAAGUGUGAAGGAGAGUGUCCAAAAGUGUGUUACGGUUUAGGCAUGGGGAACCUACAGGGGGUGUCUGCGGUGAAGUCCUCCAACAUUGGCUUCUUCGAAGGUUGCAAGAAGAUUUACGGCAGUCUGGCCUUCCUCCCCCAGUCCUUUAAAGUCGACCCGCUGACCAAUUUGACAAGUCUGCAGGCCACUGACCUUGAGGUGUUCAGGACGUUGGAGGAAAUCACAGGUUACCUGUACAUUGAUGCAUGGCCAGAAAACAGUGGAGACUUGGGCGUGUUUGAAAACCUGAAGGUGAUCCGAGGGCGAAUGCUGUACAAAGGUGUGUAUUCACUGGGCAUCCAGUCUCUGCAGAUUGAGUCUCUGGGCCUACGUUCUCUGCGCAGUGUCAGUGGCGGGUUGGUGCUGGUCCACAAUAACUCUCGGCUGUGUUACACCUCCUCCCUGCCCUGGUCGUCCCUGCUGUACCUCAGCCAGGAGCCCAACCUCAUCAGCAACAACAACCGAGACCCGCAAGCCUGCGAGGCAGAUGGGCACGUCUGUGACCCUCUUUGCAAGAAUGGGUCUUGCUGGGGUCCCGGGCCAAGCCAGUGUGUGUCGUGCGUUUCCUAUCGGCGUGGCAAAGAGUGUGUGAAGGAGUGCAACAUCAGGAAUGGUUUGGUCAGGGAGUUCAGCGAUGACCUCUCCUGCGUUCCCUGUCACCCUGAGUGCCGACCAGUCAACGGUUCCGAGUCCUGCUCUGGCCCAGGUCCGGAUCAGUGUGUGGAGUGCCUGCACUUCCAGGACGGAGACGUGUGCGUGGAGCGUUGUCCCAGCGGCGUGAAGGAAGACCAGCACACUGUGUGGAAAUACAGCAAUGAGAGUGGACACUGCAUACCGUGUCCCAACAACUGCUCUGUGUCGUGUCCACUGGAUGAGAGAGGGUGUCCAAUUCACCAGAAAGCUGGGCCUGGCACAACCAUAGCGGCCGUGAUGGGUGGCGUGGUCCUCUUCUUCAUCCUGCUGGCUCUGCUGGUCUUCUACCUGCGUCGGCAGAAACACCUGAAGAAGAAGGAAACCAUGAGAAGGAUCCUGCAGGAGCAUGAGUUGGUGGAGCCGCUGACUCCGAGUGGAGCUUUGCCAAACCAGGCUCAGAUGCGCAUCCUGAAGGAGACGGAGCUCAAGAAGCUCAGAGUGCUGGGCUCUGGAGCGUUCGGCACUGUAUAUAAGGGCAUUUGGGCUCCUGAUGGAGAAAACGUGAAGAUUCCAGUAGCCAUUAAGGUCUUGCGCGAGAACACGUCCCCCAAAGCCAACAAAGAGAUUCUGGAUGAGGCCUACGUGAUGGCCGGGGUAGCUAGUCCAUACGUGUGCCGCUUGCUGGGUAUCUGCCUGACCUCCACUGUGCAGUUGGUCACUCAGCUGAUGCCGUACGGCUGCCUGCUGGACUACGUCCGUGAGAACAAGGACCACAUCGGCUCGCAGUACCUGCUUAACUGGUGUGUGCAGAUUGCUAAGGGUAUGAGUUACCUUGAAGAUGUUAGACUGGUCCACAGAGAUCUUGCAGCCCGGAACGUUCUGGUGAAAAGCCCCAGCCAUGUAAAGAUCACAGAUUUUGGCCUGGCUCGGUUGCUGGACAUAGACGAGACGGAGUACCACGCAGACGGGGGGAAGGUUCCCAUUAAAUGGAUGGCGUUGGAGUCCAUCCUGCACAGGAGGUUCACUCACCAGAGUGAUGUAUGGAGUUACGGAGUGACUGUGUGGGAGCUGAUGACCUUUGGCAUGAAGCCGUAUGACCUCAUCCCGGCGCGGGAUAUCCCGGAGCUGCUAGAGGGCGGAGAAAGACUCCCUCAGCCCAUCAUCUGCACCAUAGAUGUCUACAUGAUCAUGGUCAAAUGUUGGAUGAUCGAUCCUGAGAGCCGACCCAAGUUUAAGGAGCUGGUGACAAACUUCAGCGGCAUGGCGCGAGAUCCAACGCGCUACGUGGUCAUCCAGAACGAUGAUGAGAUGAGUCUUUCAAGUCCAGUGGACAGCCAGUUUUUCCGCACCCUGCUGGCGGAGGAGGGGGGAAACGUGAAAGAGCUUUUAGAUGCUGAGGAGUAUCUGGUCCCUCAGCCAGGCUUUUUCAGCCCGCAGGCUGAGAGUUCAGCCAACGGGCCCAGCCGACACCACUCCCACAGGAGCACAGACCUGGGCCUGGAGGUGGACGGCCUGCCGGGUGCGCGGAGCAUGCACUCGUCAGUCAGCACUGUGGGGCGGAGCCAGUACCCCACGCUUCCUGUAGGGGCCACUGCUAAUGGAAUGUGGGGAGGAUCCGGGUACCCCUCUCUGGUCCGUAGCAUCUCUCGUCACUCAGCUGGCGGCCACUCGGACUCAGUGUUUCUGGACGGCGGCGCAGAGGAGACCGGCCCUCCCUCCAGCCCGGACCGCUACAGCAAAGACCCCACCUUCCCCACCGGCAUUGACGGAGACCUGGAGCCAGAAGGGCCAGUCGGAUACCUGUCUCACACACUACCACGGAAAACACAUACACAGCCAGAGUAUGUGAAUCAGGAGAUCCAGCCUGAGCGGCCCAGCACGCUGCCCCGUAAAGCAGGCGAGAGGCGCCUUCCUAACGGCCUCGGUGCCGGACGCAGCGUGGAGAAUCCGGAGUACCUGGUGCCCAUGGUAAACACAUCACCUGUAUCACCAGCCUUUGACAAUCCAUACUAUCUGGACAUGGUGGCUAAAGCCAUGGCGGUGGGCGGAGCGGCAACGAGCGGAGGUGCGCCACAUCAUAGGCAGCUGAAUGGCUACGUCACCCCAACGGCAGAAAACCCCGAAUAUCUGGGGCUGGCAGAGACCUGGAGCGGCCAGAGAGAAUACACCUGAGGAGAAGGGCAGCUCGAGUGUGUACAUUACUGUAUGAAUGGGUGCUUUUAAAUGACUGUAUGAAUGAUUAAGUGACAAGUAUUUGGUGCUUUACUGUUCAAGGGCACACUCUUGGUGAUGGAAAUUCCACCCUAACAGAGAAACUUCUCACAAUUUCCUCGAUUUCUUUCCAAAUCAUGCCCAAAAUCCAAUGUAGCAUCCUUUUUCGUGGACUAAAGCAUUGUGGCAGCCUUUCGUUUGAACUCGGACGGAUUGAUUUUUAACACUAAACCAUGGAGAAAUUGCUUGAACUCUCCAAAAUGAAUGGACGGACAUCGUCGGGAGCCAAACUGAACACGGUACGAGUGGGAAUGUUUUUUAAAGACGUUUCAGCCUUAACGAAACGAACAAGAAUGUACAAAAAAAAAAAACCUAAAAAACAAACCAACGACACUGGACAGGAUGAUGUAUCUGGGAAUAAUUCCUGUUUUUCUUUUUAUAAAUGAUUUUAUUUUCUUUCUGUUUGUUCUCCUGUUACCUCUCACGUCCAAUCACCUUAUGUCGUUCAAGUCUUCCAGACAGGAAGGCUAGUUUAGAGAUGUCAACACUGGAUUUCCAGGCAAGAUGGAAUAAUCCCCUGCGACCUAAUGGCACAAUCAAAGGCCCAGCCAGAGCAGCUGGGCCAUUAUUGGAACGCGUGAGAGAGACUUUUUGUCGCUGCGAGGCAGAGACUUCCAGCAUGAUGGAGGAGGGUGCUGCGUCCAAAAAGAAACAGGAAAUGAAGAGGAGGUUGUAAUCUGGCAUGUUAAAGGAAAAGCCUAGAGUUUUCAACCUGAUCUCUAUCUGCUGCUUGCGUAACACACGAUUGAAUGCCAAAGACAAUAGUUUUGACACAUUUUCCUGUAUUUAGAGAAAAACAGAGGACUAGGUGACUCGAAUCUCACCUAUAAUGGACGUCAAUGGGCCUUCAGCACGCAUAUAAUAGAAGCCACUGGGCAGUUAGUGCAGCAGAUAGAGCUUUUUUAUUUUAGCCAUUUUUACACUCUAUUAUAUUUGAACAGAGGUUUCUAUCCACUAUGUUGGUUUUAUACAUACUAUAUGUAAAGCACAAGACCGAGUUUGAAGUCUGGUGCUCUUUUAAUUUGUUUGUAUGAAGUAGUGUGUAAUUUUUUUAAGCUUCAGCAUAAUCAGUAUGCUUUUUGAGGAUGGUUAUUAUGUAAUUGGGAUUAUUUCCAAAUUUUAUAUGAUGAAUCUGUGAGCACCUUUUGGGUAAAAAGACUUGGAAACAGGCUUGGAAAUAUUUUAAGGUGGUUUUUUUUUUGUAACCUUAAAUCUGCUAAAUCUAGGCUGUGAUUUGUUGAAUAAUCCACUGUUGUGAAUUUGGUGCCCAAAGCUUGCUUCUUUAUUUUUACACUGGAGCUACGAGGCUAAUGUAGCCGACAAGCACACACCCCACCAGUUAGCAUGGCAAACAGUCAUCACACAUUCGCCUUAAACUAAUCUCAGAUACCACGUCUGAAUUUGGGAUCUAUGCACUGCAUUCUUUCACUAUAUGCUGGGUACCUUACAAUCUAGUCCAGAGGUCGGCAACCCAAAUGUUAAGUGCCUGUCAGUCCACCUUGGGAGCCACGUUUUAUGUCCAUUUUACCAUCUUGUGCUGAUGUGAUAGUAUAUGCUAAAAAAUAUAAUGAAAACACAGACUUACUUUGCUUAUUUAGCUCAGCUACAGCCACUUUUCUCGCAUCUCCGACAGGAAACUUUUGCACAUAAAUAAAAGUUUCUUGUAAAUUGUUUCUCAACAUUCGACUUCUUACAAGGCUGGAAUCGCUUCUCAUUCGCUGUCAUCAUGAGAUAAAAAAGCUAGUUAUCCUGUGAUCUCAAGAUAGUGACUUUGUUGUCUUGAGAUAGCAAGUUGAUUAUCUUGUGAUCUCAAGAUAGUUAUCAUGAGAUAACGAGUUGAUAUCUUGUGAUCUCAAGAUAACUUUAUCUUACUACCAUUACUGGCUUUUCCAAGGUUUGCAAAUUUGUGGGCUUGAAUUUCAUACAGAUGAACUUGGCGUGAAGCAACAUUAACUAUCUUGUGCUCUCAAGAUAAUGUUCUUUUGAGAUCACAAGAUAAUUAGCUUAAGGCAAAAGAAGAGAUCACUACCUUCCUCUUGCGUAUAACUGGUUUUUCCAAAGUUUGCAAAUCGUGGGCUUGGAUUUCAUACAGAUGAAAUUUCCGUGAAGCAACAUUAACUAUUUUGUGAUCUCAAGAUAACCAAGAUAACAAGAUAAUUAACUUGUUAUCUGAAGAUAACAAUCCAGAAAAUUUUAACUACCUCUUGGCUUGUCUGAACUUUUGGAACAACGGCCUCAGAGCACAAAACUAUAAAGAAGCAAACUUCAGACACCAAAUGUAUCUCGGUUGAUUGGCCACUUGGGGUCUUUUGAUUCCUCUCCUGUCCAUCCUGUCAACUCCUCCUCUCCACUCACUCAGAUUUGGGCUUUCCAGUUUAACCCCUGACACACGAGUUGGAGAACGUGAUGUAAUGUGCGUAUCCGAAUGGCGGUGACCCCCGGGUGAGCACACGCCCCUUGAAUGGCUCCAUUGUUCCAAAUUACAACGUGCAACUUCUGUUAAAACGUGCUUUUCAUUUCAUCGGGCUAAUGUCCCUCCACCCCUCCACCCCCACCAUCGCUCCACGUCGUUCAUUUCUCACUUUCUUUUUCAAGAACCUUCUCGUACAGAGAAGAACAUGCAGAGUUUGAAAGUUUGGAAUGACUGCUUAUAGACUUUUAUUUUGUAUAAUAAGAGUUAAUAUUGCAUACAAAAUAAAAGUUCUUAAUAUGAAGUACCGCAUAGAUUUUAAAACUGUAAACUAAAAACCAAAAGGUGCUUUUUGGAUUCUUCAAGAUGCUUGGAUGUUUUCAUUUUGGCAUUUUGGAUUUUUUCUUUUAACCUCUGGAUGUUCUACAGCUUUUUCCAAUGUUUUAGGAUCAUCUACAGCAUCCGUUCCUCGGUCUUUAGUACUUUUAUUAAUCAUUUGAAACCUGUUUAGUUGCACAGACGCUACACUCUUUGCUACAAAGAGCUUAGAGCGAUGCUGUAGAAGAACCACUUUUGGUUCCCCAAGGACCAUGUUGGAAGAGCUUGAAUGAAUGUGAGGAAGCUCUUAAAGGUUUAAAGAACCAUCAAAUAAUGUAUAGGUUCUGUACCAAUUUCUUUCUCAAGCUGUAACAUUAUGUAGAGAACCUUUAGUGUUGUCCACACACACAUCUCAUCUACAAAAACGGUUCUCCAAAGACUAAAGAACCAUCUGUUGUAAGGUUUUUGGGGGAACCGAAAGUGGUUCUUCACUCAAAGAACCCUUUUUUGUAAUUUCAUUUUGAACAAUGCAGACAAUUUCAGUCUUUUUUUCCAUUUAUACUACAAGCUAAUUGGUUUAGGGUUAGUAAACAGUGAUUCCAGACUUCUGAGCAGCGCUCAGGAGUCGGUGGGCAGAGGAGGAAUUUGUUGAAUAUGCAUAAUCAGCCUGUUGACUGUUGCUCCACGUAUUUAAAUGCACGCCUUGUUUCGGUCGUAGAGCCUCAGCUGGUAUUUACAGACCAAGUCCAUGAAUUGAGAGAAAGCCAGUGGAGCUCCAGUGCAUGUUAAUGUUCCUGAUAUGAGACGACACAAUGGGAGGUUUGUGUCCCAGAGUGAGGGGGUGGGAGGAUGGCGGGCGCUCGCUGAGUCUCCAGCCAAGGGUGCUAAACUUGCAUUCCUUUGCUCUGGUUUUCGAUGACAAGUUCACAGAAAUGAGCAGUGUUUGGCUUUGUUCACACAGCAGGUAAAACCGGCCCAAAUCCGAUCUUUUUCUUCAUGUCGCUGCUGUCUCGAACGAAACCUUGUAUCUCCAAAAUGGUAACUUUACAGGAGACGGAAAAAAACAUACACUGCUUUUAAUGUAAGUCAAUGAAACCAGACGUUUUUCCAAGUCAUUUUUGCCCAUUUAUUUUGGUCCAUCCUUCAUGAAAUUUACACAAUAUAAAGGCCAAUAAGCGUUUUCAAAUUGUCAGAAACGGAAAAACGACAAAAAUGGAGAUACAAGGUUUUGUUCCGACAGCAGCGAUAUGGGACACAGAUGUGUGUCAGUAUGAACAGGUAAACACACUGAAUCUGACGUUUUCAAUUCCGAUGAAGUCCGAUCUGCGGAGGUUCGACUCCGUCUGAACAGCCAGGUUGGAAUUUGUGACUUUUCCGUCAAUCCGACUAGACAUUUGUCAUAAGAGCUGCUGAGACUCAUUUAGGCCUUGAUUAUAAAUUGUACCAAAAUAUAGAAGAGACUGAUCCAAAACCCUCCGUGGUUUUAGAAAGAGAUUUAGAAAGAAACAGCCGAACGCAGCCGUAAGAGAACGAGGCUGCAGUGUCAAGAAAAAGGUUUAAAGAAUCCGACGCCAACCAAAGUGACCGUGGCUGAAUAACAUGCACCUUUUACAGCGAACUCGAACACGGUUUGGGUGAUGAGCCUCGCUGUCAACCACUGGAACUUCGUAAUCGCUCCUGUGAUGCCAGUGAAGAUGAAGCUGAUUCUCUGGAAGCGACUGGCCUUUUUUGGCAGUCAUGAUUGUUUACCUCUGGAGGAGCCGCAUGAAGCUCUGCUCUUUUGCGCAAGCGGAUCGGUUUGGGAGCUGAUUUUUUUUUCAGACUGAUGUCCAAACAGAUCACAUUUAAAAGACACUGUGAACAGCCAAACAAGACAAUUGGAUUUGGUGAGAGAACCAGAUUUGGGCCACUUUGACCUGCGUCACAUUGAAUAUAGAAGAAAGCGACCAUAAACUGAUAUAUAAACUUGGACAAUCCGACACUUCAUUGGCCAGAAACGGAUAAUGUUGGUAUCAUGUUUUCCAGCAUGGAUAAUCUUAAACUCAGAGCCCAGGACAUUCUGGGAAGUCUAUAAACACACAAAAUCUAUAAAGACGAAAUGGACUAUUGUUCUCUAAUGCUGUGGUCGCAUGACAUGGAAAACUGGGAAAUGCCAAUUUUCCGACUUGGAAAUUGCACUCAACCAGCCGAGGAAGUUAUAUUUAUAAUCAUAUGAGUGAAGAACUCUUGAGUUCUUGAUGAUACAUGAGUUUACUUUCACCUCUUCCACUAGUGAGAACCGCUAAACUUGGAAGUAAAUGUGAAAUAAAAUAAACCUGGUGCACUUCUGCAUGCUUAAAAGGGUGGUUCUUUAAGGGUUCUUUAGUAAAUAAAAUGGUUCUAUAUAGAACCAUGAACACUCAAAGAACGCCUUGCAUGAUUAAACAGUUCUUCAGAUUGAUGGACAAUGUGUUGUAUAUGGUUCUGUGUAGUAUCCUUUUUGAAAAGGGUUCUGCUAUGAUUACGAUUCCAAGCUUGUAAGCAUAGAAGAACCCUUUUUGGUUCCAAGUAACACCAGAAAGGAGUUUUUUCUAUUGUUACAAGCUUGACAUCGUAACUGUAGCAGGACCCUUUUUUGGUUCUAUAUAGCACCACAAAACGUUCUGUGGUUAUGAUGUCAAGCUUGUAAGCAUAGAAGAACCCUUUUUGGUGCCUUUUUUUAGGUGCUUUAUGGAACCAUCCAUAACACGUUCUCCAUCAAUCUGAAGAACUCUUUAAUCAUGCAGAUGGUUAUUUGAGUGUUUAGGCUUCUAUAUAGAACCAUUUUCUUUCCCAAAGAACCCUGUAGAACCAUCUUUUUGGAGUGAGUGUAAUCUAGGAGUUUUUAAAUAUAGCAAAGGAAAAGAACGAUGUGCUACGGCUGGGCGAUAUGGGCAAAAAUACAGUAUCACGAUACUUUAAGAAUGUGGUAUUAUUGUAGAUCAUGAAACAAUAUUUCUGUUUUCUGACAUCUGAUGAGGUAGAACGACAAAAAGAACCAAAAAAAUCAUUAUUUGUUCUCACAUUUUGCAGUAAUUCCACUCAAACAGCACUAAUUACACUCUAUUUCUGUUGAAAUGUGUAGCUGGUCAGUAUUUUUAAGUACUGACGAUGUCCAUGAUGCACUCAAAGAAGAAUAUCGUGAUGGAAUUUAUCGCGAUAAUGAUGAAUAUCGUUAUAUCGCCCAGCCCUAUGUUAUGCACUUGCCGGACUUCCGGUUUUUUUUUACGUGUGGUGGCCGUAUCUUCCAACUAGUUACCCGACUGGUAUGUGCAGCUCUCAGUGAGCAGCGAAAGGUGCAGUCGGAUGGUUCCCAUCAGCGAAACUGUCGUGGCCAAAACAUUAAUGCAGUUGUUAGCGACUCUGGAAAUUUAUUAUGAGUUAUAAAUUCAGGAGUUUGCAAGAACCGACCGUUACAAUCCGGAAAAUCAACACGAAGGAGUUGUAGAAAUGUGUCUUUGUCUUUGAUUUUAACAAAAAAAGUAUAUCUUUUAUAUAUUUUGAGGUGUUUUUUUUAUAUGGACUUUGCUGUGGUAGGACACUUAGUACAGGCCACUCUGUGUUUGAUACAGAUUAUCACAUCUGAGAAAUUCAUAUAGAGAAAAAAAAAAGCCAUGUUUUUUCACUUCGGCUCGAAAAAUAUGUAUAAAACAAAUGUUGACAAUUUGUAAAAGGUUUUAAAGACGAGUUAACAGGAUCCUGUAUGUGAAUUUCUGUAAAGAGUGUUUGUAACAGGCCAUGUAUAGUGUGUCUUGAGGUAAUACAGUGGUACCCUUUCA